AUGGUAAGGGUGGCCAGCGCCUUGGGGCCGCUGGCGGCGCGCCUGGCGCUGCGGCGCCUGCUGCGCGCCUGGCGCGGAGGCCCGCCUCCGCGCCGGCGCGGCGUCCGGGCGCUGCGGGCCAACCGGCGGAAGCCGCCGCAGGAUCUGCUGCGGCGGCUUCACACUGAGGGCCUGCGCCCGAGCCCUGCGCCCUGGGGGGCGGACAGCUUCCUCUGCCAGGAGGAGUCUGAGAAGCUCAGCGGCUGGCGGGAGCACCACAGCGGGGAGAUCUACCUGCAGGAGCUGAGCUCGAUGCUGCCGGUGGAGGUGCUGAAACUCUGCGGCCUCGAGCCCAGCUCCCGGUGCCUGGACCUCUGUGCCGCCCCCGGCUCCAAGGCCACGCAGUUGGCGCUGAACCUGGAAGGCGACGGGCUCCUGGUGGCUAACGAGGUGGAUCCGCAGCGGGCGCAAGUCCUCCGCUGCAACCUGGUCAAGUCAGGUGCCUCGGAUCGCUGCCUCAUCCUGCAGGAGGACGGGCGGCGGCUGGGGGCGCUGGCGCCGAGUUGCUUCGACGCGGUGCUGCUGGACGCGCCCUGCAGCGCCGAGGGCAACUUGACAAGGCACAAGGAGGUGCUGCAGCGCAUGCAGGGCGCGGGCUACGGGGCGCUGAAGGCGAGGAACGCGGAGCUGCAGUGGGGCCUUCUGCGGAGCGGCUGGCGCCUGCUGCGCGGGGGAGGUGUCUUGGUCUACUCCACCUGCACACUGAACUCCGAGGAGAACGAGGCGGUCUUGGCGCGGCUGCUGGCCGAGGAGCGCGUUGAGCUGAUCGACGUGGGCGCCAGGCUGGGCAUAGAGACGGCCGCGCCGUACCUGCGGCUCUGGCCACAGCUGCUGGGCUCCAACGAGGGCUUCUUCGUGGCGUGCUUGCGGAAAGGCCCCGAGCACGCGGCCCCUGUCGCCGAGAGCUCCGAGAGCGGCCCCUGGCGGCCACUGGCGCCGGAGGUGGUCCGAGGCCUGCGGAGCCGGGCGAAAUUGGAGUAUGGAUAUUGGCCCGAUCUGACGGACGAGGAGUGUGCCGAGCGGGUGGUCCAAGACAUGUCAGGGGACAUCUACCUGGCGCCUUCGCCUCGGGCGCUGGAGGGCCUCGAGCGUUUGCUUCCGUUGGCCGCGCCGGGCCUCCGCCUGGGCCCCGAGCUGCGCCUCGCCGCCUCCGGCGCGGGCGGCUCCGACCCGCUGGCGCUGAGCGCGCAGCUGGGCGGGGGCCUGGGGCCCAUCUGCGAGCAGAUGGACCGCGCGGCCAAAGCAGGCGACUGGCGAAAGGCCACGGUGAUGUUUUCGGACAUCCAGCGCCAGCGCUUGCAAGCAGACCUCAUCGCCUACAAUACUUUAGUCAAGGUGCAGAAGUCCGUUCCGAAGAUUUGGGCGGUGCUGCGGGAGAUGCGGAAGAGCUUGGUGCAGGCGGAUGGCGCGACGUUUGGAGCGGCCAUGCAGGCGAUGGCUCGAGCUGGGGACCUUCUCAGUCGCUUUGGGGGCCAGAGAGUUGCCGCGGCCGGCGCGGGUGACCUGGAUGCCUCGGAGCAGCUCUUUCAAGAGAUGGGCUCUGUGCGGCUCCAGCCAGACAUCAUCAUCCACACCAUGCGGAUAGGCGCCUGCUGCGCCGCGGGCCGCCGCGGCGAGGCGGAGGCGGCGCUGGCGGAGCUGCGGGCGGCGCGGCUGCGCCCCGACGCGGCCAGCUGCACGGCGCUGCUGGACCUCUACGCGCGGCAGGGGGACGUCCCGGCGGCAGAGCGGCUGGUGCUGGAGAUGGACGCGGCCAACGUCGUGAGCUACACGGUGCUCCUGAAGGCGUACCUGGCGAAGGACCGCCUGGAGGACGCCGAGCGCCUGCUGGACACCAUGAAAGCCGCGGAGCAGCUGCCGAACCUCAUCUCCUACACGCCGCUCCUGAGCGCCUUCGCUAAGAGAGGUCGGGUGCAGGAGGCUCAGGGCCUGGUGAGGCGCAUGGAGCGAGAGCACCUGGCCAUGGACAUGGUGUCCUACGGCGCGCUGCUGCUGGCGCACGCCCGCGCCAGGGACGCGGAGGGGGCGCUGCAGGUGCUGCGGCGCAUGGCCGCGGAGCGCCUGGCGCCCAACGCCGUGUGCUGCCAGACGGCGCAAGCCGCAGGGGGGGCGAAGAGGGAGUGGCUGCUUUCGGAGAUGCGCCGGCAGAGGCUGGAGCCCACUUCCGCCGAGCCAGGCCGGAGCCAGCCGAAGGCUCCAGCUGGCCGAGGUUCCAACAUUUUCACCUCCGCCUACUUGCAGAGGAUUCGCAACAUCGAGCGCAGACUCGAGUCGCUGCCUUCCUUCCGGCGCUUCUGCUUGGCGGGGGACGGCGGGUGCGCGCGCCCCGUGUCGGUGAUCAAUUACUUCUUUGCCAGCCAGGGACCAGGCACCAUCAUCCCGGAUGGUCGAGGAGACAAGCUCCUUCCCAUUCCGGCGAUCCUGGCCAACCUUGGCACUAGCAACUCAUUCUUCGUGGAUAGGUACUUUGGGGUGUCCGCAGGGCAGCUCCAAGCAGCCUUGGAGGGCAAUGUCACCCGCAGCGUCUUCCGCUUUGGCGUGCCCCUAAGGGGAUUUUCGGACACCCAGGCCCCGGGGCAGACGGAGCAGUUUGCCCAGUUUGUCAGAGACGAGCUGCGCCCUGCCUUGGUGUCGGCCUCCUCUGAGGAGCUUCGCGUGUAUUUCUAUGGCGACCAAAUCACCCAGAUAGAGGUCGAGGCAUUGGUGUGGCAUGACGCCGCCUACGCCAUUGGGUCGCUGCUCUUUAUUUUCUUCUACCUUUGGGGUUACCUGAGGUCGUUGAGACUCACCGCCAUGGCCUUGUUCUGCAUCGGCUUGUGCUUUCCCAUCUCGUACGCGUGCUACUGCCUGGUCUACGGCCACGGCAAGAUGAUCGCCAUCAACUUCCUGUCAUUCUUCGUGGUGCUGGGCGUCGGAGCGGACGACGUCUUCGUGCUGCAUGACGUGUGGGCUCUUUCUCGCGUGCACGGCACCGGCGACAUGGCGCUGGCACGGCGCAUGUGGUCCAUGUACUGCAAGGCCGGCAUGGCCAUCUUCGCCACCUCUGCCACGACGGCAGCGUCCUUCUUUGCCAACUUGGCCAGCUCCAUCGGGCCGCUGCGGCAGUUCGGCUUCUUCAUGGGCACCUGCAUCACUGUGAACUGGAUCAUCGUCGCCUCCUUGUACCCACUGGUCCUCGUGAACCACGAGCGAUCCAGAUGCCGAGGAGGGCCUCUUCUCAGGGAUCAGUCCUUACAGAUGGAGGAGCAGCUGGUGGAGAAUCGAGAGCUGCAGAUGGAAGAGGAGAAGCCUCUGGAUGCGAGAGGCGGCAUCUCCAGCCAGGGCCCAUGCCGACGCCAGGCCUCGGCUCUGGUGACUCUCUCCGGCGUGGCGGUCAGCGUCUUCGCCCUCCGCGGCUCAGUCCAGAACAUCCGGCCCUCCGGGGGCCUGCCGCAGUUCUUUCCCAAGGACAGCAAUUUGGGGGGCCUGCAGGACCUGCAGAUGCGGUUUGGCAACGAGACUUCAAUAGACACUCAGGAGCUCGCGCUGUGCCAUGGCCAGCUGCAGCCCGCCGAGAACUGCCAGAGGCCGGGGCAACCGAACCCACUGCCACUGCCGCUGCCGCCUAGGUCCAGUCCCUCGCCCGCACCGCUGCCGCCGCUCUGGCACCCUGCGAGGCCCACACACAGACCGAGACCGCCAGUGCAACAUCCACCUCAAGCGCCGUCUCCACCUCAACAACCACCAGCUCCACCUCACGAAGCACCUGCUCCACCUCCCAAAGUACCUGCUCCACCUCACAAAGUACCUGCUCCACCUCACAAAGUACCUGCUCCACCUCACAAAGUACCUGCUCCACCUCAACAAGCGCCGGUUGCAGCGCAUCAAGUGCCGGCCCCACCUCACCAAGCACCUGCUCCACCUCACAAAGUGCCGGCUUCACCGCACAAAGCACCUGCGCCGCCUCUGGCAGCUCAGGACCUGGAUGUUCACCUGAGGGUGAAGGGCCAGAAGGAGGAGCUAGAGGAGCUAGAGGACAUGGUCCGCGCCAAGAUCCUGUCCAGCCUCCAGCUCGCGCCAGAGGACCUCCGCUUCGAGAUAUCAGAGGGCCCGGGCCGCCGGCUGGCAGACGACUUCCAGGUCACGCUCCAUUUCCAGCACUUGUCUGCGGAGAAGGAGCGAGAGGUGAAGACGUUCCUGAAGCAGAACCAGGAGCUGCUGUCGCUCUUCGGCGCUCGAGAUGACUCAUUCAGUUCGACUGCCAGGCCCUCUAGCACAAUGCCGAGGGCUGUUACACCUGCUCCGGCGGCGGUGCCAGCUCAGGCGCAGCAUCCGCCGCCGCCGCCGCCUCCGCCGCCGCCGCCGCCGCCGAAAGCGCCAACGCCAACGCCGCUGGCUCGGAGGGGUCGCCACAAAUGGGUGACGACGACGACGACUGCGAUGCCCGCGUUGCACCUAAAGAAGCGCGGCAUGACCCACGACCGUCAGGCGAUCAUCAGCGUGCUCUUCGGCGUGCGCCAGGUGCCUGGCAGCAGCUUCGAGUACGAGCUGGAUCCCAACUUCGACCUCUCCGCCCGCCAGGCGCAGAUGGCGGUGGUGGACUUCUGCGAGCGCCUGCCGGAGCAGCGGGGCCUCAAGGUGGUCCGGGAGUUGUCAAACUGCUGGCCCAAGAUGCUCAAAGCCUUCCUCCAGAAGCGGUUCCAGGCAUAUCCCACCUAUGCCUUUUGGCCCUGGCUGCGGCGCUUUCUGGUGCAGGCUCCCAAGUGGGUUCACGACCACAUGGGCACAGAUGCGGACUCCGUGACCUGGCUGCAGUUGGACUACCACGUGGAGCUGGACAUUUGGAGCACCGGGCGCCAGGUUCAGCCGUACAUGGAUUUGUGGGAAGAGUCCGUGGCCAAAGUUCUGAAGGAGAUCAAGGAGAAAUUCGGCGCAGAACUCUUCCUGGGUACUCCUGUGCCAGUGUCGGACCUCUUUCAGAGAGCUGAGGCGGAGAACCGCGUGGUGAACUCCGCCCUGUCCUCCUGGGUGGUGAGCGUGGCCUGCGCAUUGGUGGCCCUGGCGGCCUUCACCCGGAGCCUUUGGCUCUCCGCCAUCGCCUGCUUCGCGAUGCUGUCCACGGCGGCCUGUAGCUUGUACUUCAUCACCAGCGUGUUCCAGUGGAGCUUCGGGCUGAUGGAGGCCGUUUCGCUGAUCAUCUUCUGUGGCUUCUCUGUGGAUUACCCACUCCAUGUGGUCCAGGCGUAUGUGCAGGAGCGCGACAAAGGCGCCGGCGUGGGCAGGGCGCUGCGGGAGGUGGGCGGCGCCGUGGCGUCAGGAUGUGCCACCACCUGCGGUGCCGCCCUGUUCCUGCUGUGCUGCCAGAUCACCAUCUUCACUCGCUUCGGGCAGGUGUUGGUGGUGAAUAUGCUGUUUGCCUUGGUCUUCGCCCUCGUUUGGAUUCCAGCAGUGCUGGAGCUGUUCAGGUGCAGUCCGGCGCCGGUCAUGGACGAAGGCUACGGGAUGGGUCUCCUGCGGCAGGGCAGCCCCAGACGAGGUGAGCGAGUCCAGUCUGAUCGACUGAUGAUGGAGGUGGACGGAGAAGCAUUCGCAGCUCUGGAGGGAUGACCGGCCGCGAAGCGCUGACAAAAAAAGCCGGCGAGCGCCUGGACUGAAG